GUUAAUAUAAACCUUUAUAUAUCUAAAAAAAAUUUUUUAAAAAAAGCAUACAUUUCCCAUGAUUCGUUCGGCACAGCAGGUAGUCUUCUCGGUUAGUGAGGAAUAAUUUGCUUUCCCAGGCUCUUAUCGCACUCACAGCGCCUUAAACACAGGUAGGAGGUGAAGCUGUAUUUAUUAUGGGUCUCUCUGUGACGUCUCUUUAUUGAAUAGGCCUGUCUCAUCCCCCAGCUCUCUCUCAUUAUCCAGCUCUCUCAUUAUCCAGCUCUCUCAUCACACAGCUCUCUAAUUAAUCAGCUCUCUCAUUAACCAGCUCUCCCAUUAUACAUAUCUCCCAAUUACCCAGCUCUCUCUCUUCACACAGCUCUCUCUCAUUAACCAGCUCUCUCAUCAACCAGCUCUCUCCCAUUAACCAGCUCUCUCCCAUUAACCAGCUCUCUCCCAUUAACCAGCUCUCUCCCAUCACCCAGCUCUCCCAUUAACCAGCUCUCUCCCAUUAACCAGCUCUCUCCCAUUAACCAGCUCUCUCCCAUUAACCAGCUCUCUCAUCAACCAGCUCUCUCCCAUCAACCAGCUCUCUCCCAUUAACCAGCUCUCUCCCAUUAACCAGCUCUCUCCCAUUAACCAGCUCUCUCAUCACACAGCUCUCUCAUUAACCAGCUCUCCCAUUAUACCCAGCUCUCUCUCAUCACCCAGCUCUCUCCCAUUAACCAGCUCUCUCCCAUUAACCAGCUCUCUCAUCACACAGCUCUCUCUCAUCACCCAGCUCUCUCCCAUUAACCAGCUCUCUCAUCACACAGCUCUCUCCCAUUAACCAGCUCUCUCAUCACCCAGCUCUCUCUCAUCACCCAGCUCUCUCCCAUUAACCAGCUCUCUCAUCACACAGCUCUCUCCCAUUAACCAGCUCUCUCAUCACACAGCUCUCUCUCAUCACACAGCUCUCUCCCAUUAUACAGCUCUCCCAUUAAGCAGCUCUCCCAAUUACCCAGCUCUCUCUCAUCACCCAGCUCUCUCUCAUCACCCAGCUCUCUCUCAUCACCCAGCUCUCUUAUUAACCAGGUCUCCCCCAUUAUACAUCUCUCUCCCAUUAUACAUGUCUCCCGUCAACCAUGUCUCUCUCAGUAACCAUCUCCCACAUCACUCAGCUCUCCUAUCACACAGCUCUCUCUCAUUAUACAUCUCUCCCAUUGGACCUGUAAGUAAAACCCAGGAUUGGCCCCAUUGGGUGCCAUGUAUAAUCUCUCAGAGACACAAAAACAGCUACUAUACUUUCUUCUUAAAUAUUUUUAUUAGGCGCGCGUGUGUGUGUGUUGCUAAAUUCAAACUGAUAUUUGAUCAUAUUACAUUAUGCUGGGACAGGCCUCACUUCUAAUAUGUAUGUUGGGCAACACAGACAAAGUGCUGUGUAUGAAGAGUGUGACAGUUAAAUGUUGCAGAUAGGAAAACCAAUUGUACAAUGGCAGCAUAUUGCAGGGUAGCACCUUUCAUGCGCUAUUCAUCAACAGGCAGAAAUUGUGUCCGUGAAAACAAUAUGAUGGGGGUUCGGAGGACACCUUGGUGCUGUAACACUAAACUAUAAAUUGUGUUUUGUUCUAUAUUUUGUCUUCUGUUUUGUAUAUUACUGUGGAUUUAUCUCCUCACUUAUAACGUAAUAUAGAGGGUAAGAUAUCCUCCCUUUGUACUUUAGCUCUCUACUAUUGGUAUAUGUGUUUGUAGCGGUAUACCUUCGAGAAGAUGGGUUACAACCACCUAGGGUGUCCCUUCCAAGUGAAUACAGCCCUGGAGUGAUUAUACCCUACUGCAUGAAGUACCGCUGUCUCACCCACACACUAGUCAAGACUAGUGAAGGAUGAAUUAGAACUGGUUUUAUGGAGCAAAUUACAUAGCUUUAUACCCAGACCCAUUCAUAGUAGUACAAUCCUACCCAGGCUAAAUUCAUUAUCUGCUGGACACAGAGAGCGCAACACACAUAACACUCUAAAACACAAGUAACAAUGCAAAAAAGCCCCACAUACCAUAUAUCCCUGGAAAGGUCUCUCUGGAGUGCCCAUUCUGUCAAAAAAGCGCUCUGAUUGGAUGUGACUAGCCCGAAUUCAAUGGAAGUACAAACUUCAGCUUGACGCGGGUAGACUCCGAUCCAUUGUAGAGUUCCAGAGUGCUGGGUAGAGUAAAUGCUGGGUAGAGUUCCCAGGUUACUUAAAUAUACAGUGCUUUCCGUGUACAUGGAGCUUCCCCAAGUCUGUGGUGUCAUUAGAUGCCUCUCCACCUCCUCUGUUAACCCUCCAAAAAGCUUAUUGAUGAACAUGGGACUGAAAGCACUCUAUUUAACGUUUUUUUUAGCGGAUCGUUACUCUGCGUUCCGCUUUAGAGUUCUACACUGAUUUAGGGCUACUCCCGGUCAGGCGCACCAUGUCUCAGCGGCUCCUGUGGCGGUAAAUAAGCGGUACUGGGUCAUCAGAAAGGGCCACCGAUGCUGGGAGACAUGGGUUGGAGGGUUAGUCCAUACUGUUGUAGUGUUUUGACAGGGUGUGGGAGUAUAGGGACCAUGUACAGGGUCUGUAAUAGUGUUGAACUCACAUUUAUGAGUGUUACACCUGUUCUGCAUAGUUUGACAUUUUGUAAUGUGGUCUGAAACCCACUGAAACCAUUGUCGUUUUAUGUUUUAAAUGCAGGCUCCAUGGUUGUUUUGAUUUGAGUAAAGGUGUCAUUUUAUGCAGUCUUUCUUCAAUCCAUUGCCAAGAAUGUAUGAAUCUGAAUUGGACAUAAAACACAGGAAUCUAUGCAGAGAAGGGACCUGCAAAACCAGUGUGCCAUUGAAGGUAAGCAAAAACCUCCUUUAGUGCACCUCCCUUCCCCCUUUUUUCUCUCUCCAUCUCAUUCUUCUUUGAGAUUCCCAUCCUUUAUUUCUCUUUGUAUUUUUAUAAUUACACUCUUCAAUUCCCUCCUCUUUCUAAUUGCCUUUAUUUAUAUUUAUUAACUUUUUUUUUUUUUUCUUGUGUCAGAUGCCAAUAUCAGGUUACUGCCAAUUUGUUUUGCUUUCUUCAUGCCCUGCUGUGGGAUUCUUUUGACAAAUGAAUUGUGGGUAAACUACUCUUGACCAUAGAACCUUGCUUGAAGUGGAUCUGUCUCUUUUCAGUAGUUUAGAAAGAUGCACUCUUUAUGAGAUACUGAUCCUGACUGCAUUGGGGUUUUUCUGAAAUUCCACGCAAUCCAGAGAUUCCAUAAGACCAUGUAGAGACUAUUUGGUCUUAUGUUAAAUCUAAGGUUAAUAAAAGGCAGAGCUCCAUUAAACUUUUUCAACCAAUCAUGGCAGCCAUCACAAUUGACAGCUGUGAUAUUCAGUAAUCGAUUGAUGGAGGCUGUAACUGAAUCUUUCAGUACCUGGCACUUGGGGAGGACUGCAGGUCAGUGUCCUUUCAAUUGACUUUGGGCCUUGGACUGGAAUUGGGUCCUGUUUAGGGGAGGCAGGUACACGGGGAUCAUUCAGACUGCUUUCCUACCUUGUUUGGGUUUGUGAAGUUGGGAUAUCCUUGUUUUAAGAGUAUUAUUUCAUGAUCUCCAUUGCCCUCUGUUGGUAGAAACUGGGAAAACGCAUUAAUUCCAUCUAUAUAAAUAUCUGUUUUCAUAUAUUUUGGAAAGUUGUAAUUGUGUUUAUAUAGCUGAGAAAUUAUGUUGCUUGUUCUUUAGCUUACGCAGUCUCGGGAUCCUACAUUAGUUAUUAAUACUAACAACGCGCUGGCAAAUUCCAUAGCACUGUACAAUAGGUGGAUAUGUAUUUGCAACAAGAUGAGCUGGACACGGAUGCACCAGAACAGAGGGUGUUGAAUGCCCUGUUGAAACGACCUUACAUUCUAGAGGGAGUGCGGUAAAGUGUCACGGUACGGAUGGGAGGUGUUUCAUGUAUGUGGAAAAAAUAACUUACUAGAAUUGUUUACAGUGAAGAGUUAGUCUAUUAGAUGACACAGUUGCAGGAGAGGAAGCAGGGUUGGAUACCGAGGUGCGUGGAGGGAAAGCUAUAACAGUUUAAUAGAUGUGCUUUCCUAAAGAAGUGAGUUUUUAAAGAUCUUUUGAAGACUGGGUGAGCGUCUAAUGGAGCAAGGAUGGGAGUUCCAUAGGAACGGCGCAGCCGUGUCAGAGGCCCGAGCAUGAACAGAGAAUAGAUGUCAAUCUUCUGGAGACCAUUGGGGCCUGGAUACUACAUAAUUAUGUAUCCGUGUGUGGAUAUGUAGUUAGCAGUAGCGAGAUGUAGAGAUUUGUGAGCAAGGACUAGAAUUUUAAAUUGAGCCCUCUAUCUUACAGUAAGCCAGUGUAAGGACUGAGACAAAGGAGGCAUGGGAGGUGUGAGCAGAGAGGAAGAUGAGCCUCGCCACAGCAUUCAUUAUAGACUGUAAUGGGACCAGCUAGGAAAGAAGAUUGCAGUAGUCAAGGCGAGAGAUGGGGUGGAUUCGCAUUGUUUUUGAGAUAGAAGUGGUAGGUAGCGCUAAGUGACUGGAUUUGAGGGGUGAAGGAGAGGUUGGAAUCAAAGAGAACACUUAUUCAGCAUACCUACGAGGUAGAGUUGAUGGUAGCACCACUGACUUGGAGAGUAGCAACGCUUCAGCGAGGAAAGACAAAAAGCUCUGUUUUGGACAGGUUAAGUUUAAGACAAUGAGCAGCCAUCCAGUUAGAAAUAGCAGAGAGGCAGUCAGAAACGUGAGCGAUCUGGAGAGGACAGAUUUGCGUGUCAUAUGAAUAGAAAUUAUCAGCCAAAAGAGCUGACUAGUUUACCAAGGGAGGCUCUCUAGAUCGAAAACCGUAAGGAACCAUGCACAGAACCCUGGGAACACCGAUAAAGGGGUUGCGGAGGAGAGCAAGAACUAGAAAUGGAAUCCUUGAAAGAGCCCUGCGAGAGAUAGGAGGAGAAAUUAGGAAAGUGCAGAGUUUUGUAGAUCGAAGUUACGGGGGAUAAGAAGCUGAUCAACAGUGUUGUAAGCAUCAGAAAGAUUUAGGAGAGAAUAGCAGGAAUUAAAUAAUUUUGGAUACUCCUGUCAGGGCAGUUUUAACAGAGUGAUGAGUAAGGAAUUUGGAUCGAAGCCGGUCGAGCAGAGAGUCUGAUUUAAGGAAAUCAGUCACAACUUUUAAGGAUCUUGGAGGCAAACGGGUAGUAGUGAGAUGUCAGUAGUUAGAUGUGCAGUUAGGGUCAAGGUCUGUUUUUUAGAGUCGUGAUUAUGGUUGUGUGCUUCAAGAAUGAAGGAAAUAUGCGAGAAGAUUGAAUAUUUUAGUGAGGGUCAAAGAAGGAGACAGAGCACGAGUGAGAUGUGAGGGAAUAGGAUCGAAGGAACAAGUGGUGGGGCUGGAGGUCCGAAGCAAAGCAGAAACCUCAGCUGAUGUAGUGGGUGCAAGUGAGCAUAAAACAGAGGAAUCCAGUGAUGCAUUCUUGCUGUCCCAGUCACUUUAACAACUGGUGGGGGACGCUGGACCAACUCUUCCACAAGAGAGCUUCAUCUGUUUGCUACCAUGCUGCGUUUCAUCACUGUUUGCCUUACAAGACGUAAUAAAGCCUAGCCUAUGGCCCAGCUAGCCCCACAAACUGUCGGUGCACUCACUAGGCUGAAGGGGGCACAAAGUACUCGACUGGGAGGUACCCAGAAACCCCAUGAAAUUGUUCUCCGCGUCAGAAGGAUGUUGCGAAACUUCAAGUGGGUAUUGCUCAGUCCCAGGACUACCAAUUAUUAUUACUAUUUGGAGAGGUGGUGAUGCGACAUCCAUGGCCACCAAGGACUUGUGGGAGGUCACUUUCAGGAAGCAUUUAUUUGGGACCGGGACUUGGCACAAAACGGUCAGGAACUUGCCGCUGGCGCAGUGGAUGGUCGCAGCCAGGUUAAACUUCAAUCCUUGAUUGCUCGAGCUAGACCCCUAUGAUCUGAGCGCUCUUUGGACAUCUUGCAUCUCUAAACCAGAGCUCUUCGAGGACAUAGCUCUUGGGUAUAACUUGUUGGAGUUGCUCUGUUUUGGGGAUAUUAUCGUAAGUCACCCUGGUGGCUGUAGUUAACUCAAAGACUGAAUAAUUUAAUUAUGUCCCAGACACCAAGGCGCCGGAGUAGGAUUGUGUUUAGUUUGAUGACUCUCUGUUGGGAAUGUCUGUUGAAAUGUGUGUUUCUGAAUAAAACUUGUACCUGUUUUAUCCUCCUGGAGAUUAAUCUUGAUGAUCUUAGCCAAUCCUUCCCAUAGGAAACCAUUGGGAGGCUAUUGCGCAUACGCUGCACUGCACUAAUCUGCAUCUCUUCAGAGAUGCAUUCAAUUAAUCCAUCUAUAUGGGGAACAGUCAGCGUCUCCAUGCAGAGCGUGGAAGUGCUGAACGCCAGUGCUAGUCUGGACUAGAAGCACAACUCUAGUGGCCGUCUGAGUGACUGUCAUUAAAAACACUGCCUUUUCUCUAACAAUGUAGUAUUUACAGUGCUAACACUGCAGAAACAGGCUAUAGCAACCGGAACCACUGCUGUAGUAGUUCUGAUGGCUAUGGUAACCCUUAAAAAAAUAAAUAAAAUGUUCUUUUCCCCCUACAUACUAUGCUUUUUCUUUUGUUUUUGGUGAAUAAAACUUAUUAAUAAUGAGGGUGAAUAUACUGGUAGAAAAUAAGGAAUACCUACCAUUUCCAGGUCUCAAUUCAAAGUCUAUUUUAAUCUUCCUGUCUUUCAGGUUCCUGUACAGUUCAGUGAUGUGGCAGUGUAUUUUUCGGAGGAGGAGUGGAACUAUUUAAAGGAAGAUCAGAAGUUGCUCUAUAAGGAUGUGAUGCUUGAAAACUACACACUCUUGAGAUCAAUGGGUGAGAAUAGAUAGGCUCAGAAAAAUGUGCUAACAUACCAUGUGUAAUUAUGAAGGACCAGAAUUUUAAGGGGACUUGCAUUUGUGGUUUUGUUGGGGGACGUGAUUCCGGCAAUAAACAAAUGCAUUAUACAGAUUAAGGAACAGUGCACACACAAAUAAAAUAGUAUACAUUUUUACCACUUUUCUUGGCAAACAAAUAUGGGGAUUCAGUUACACCAUAUGGCCAUAUUAUAUUAAGUCCACCACUUUGUCAUCGUACCCCAAUAUCAAUGGGUCAUUCAUGAGUUUUGACAUGAGGGAUUUGCAUUCUAACAUCAAUAUCAAAGUUACUAACAACCUAAUCGCAGCCAUAUCCAAAGGCCACUACUCCAUACUAAUUCCUCUUGCCCUCUCUGCUGCCUUUGACAUCGUUGAUCAUGCUCUACUUCUUCAAACUCUUCAAUCGCUCUCUCUGUGACACUGUCCUCUCAUGGUUUUCCUCUUAUCUCUCCCAACGCUCAUUCAGUGUCUCCUUUUCUAAUGACACCUCCUCCCCUCGUCCUGUCUCAGUUGGAGUCCCCCAAGGCUCUGUACUUGGUUCCCUUCUAUUUUCUCUUUAUACUGCCUCUCUUGGUAAACUUAUUACCUCUUUUGGUUUCCACUACCACCUGAACGCUGAUGACACCCAGAUAUAUCUCUCCUCCACGGACCUCUCUCCUGCCGUCCUGCAACGUGUCACUGCUUGCCUUUCUUCGAUCUCUGACUAGAUGUCCUCCCGCUUUCUGAAACUCAAUCUCUAUAAAACUGAGCUCCUUGUCUUUCCUCCUUCUAAUACUGAUCCUCCUCUUUCACUCUCCCUUCAAGUUUGUGGUACCCACAUCAGUCCAUCCUUGCAAGCGUGCUGUCUUGGCGUCAUACUUGAUUCUGGCCUCACCUUUCAGCCUCACAUCCAGUAUGUUGUCAAAUCCUGUAGAUUCCAUCUUAAAAACAUAUCCCGCAUCCGCUCUUUCUUUCACAAGAUGCUACUGAGGAGCUUGUCCAUGCUCUAGUGAUUUCCUGCAUGGAUUAUUGUAACUCUCUCCUGAUUGGUCUUCCCAAAAGCCGUACUGCACCACUUCAGUCCAUAAUGAACACUGCUGCCAGACUGAUUUUCCUCUCUAGUCGGUUCUCACACCUCACCCCUCUGUCAGGCUUUACAUUGGCUUCGUGUAUGCUAUAGGAGUCAAUUCAAGGUACUAAUUCACACCUAUAAAGCACUGAACAACUCUAGCCCCUCAUAUCUUUUUACAGAUCCAUAGGUAUGUCCCUUCUCGGUCUCUCCGCUCUGCCCGUGACCACCUCCUGUCCGUUGUUCACACCCGUACGGCCAACUCACGCUUGCAGGCGGCUCCCUUCCUAUGGCAUAGCCUGCCUACUGCCAUCAGACUCUCCCCUAGUCUUGCAUCUUUUAAGAAGUGCCUUAAAACCCAUCUCUUUAGGAAAGCUUAUGGCUUCCCAGACUAACCUCUCACAUACCUGUCCCUUGCUCUCUCCUAAAAGGCAGCCCACCUUAUUUGAUUGCAAAUUCCUGUCCUAUUGUGUUUUACACCCGACCUCCUAUAGAAUGUAAGCUCGUUUGAGCAGGGUCCUCUCCAACCUAUUGUUCCUGUAAGUUCUCUUGUAAUUGUCCUAUUUAUAGUUACAUCCCCCCCCUCUCAUAAUAUUGUAAAGAGCUACGGAAUCUGGCGCUAUAUAAAUGGCAAUAAUAAUACUGACUUCUUAAACUGCUUCCAUAGACUCCUCUCAAUGUAUGCAUUCCUGUGAUCACCUCUAAAGGGUAGAGUGGAUGGGUUGGGUACUUAGCCCAGUAACAAUCUGAUCUGGAGUCCAACAUGAAAAAAAUGGUACCAUGGAGAAUUAUGAAGCUCCAUAAUUUUAUGGGGGACAUGAUCCCAUGAUAUAUUUUGUUUGUGUGGUUUUUUUUGUUUAGUUUUUUUGUCUUGUUGGGGGAAAGGAUUCCUGCUAUAAAUAAAUGCAUUACCUUGAUUUGCAUUUUAAAUCUAGGACUGUUUGCUUGUUGGCCUAAAACUGAAAAAGAACUUUGUUUAGAGGGUUACUUCCAUGUUGAUGGCCACUUCUGCUCUAUUCCAGUGUGUGUGGUUUUUUUUUAAUCUAGAUUUGUCUUCAUGAUGCCACACUUCUAAAUAAAAAAAUAUAUAGUUAAAUAAAAGAACAAAUUAAUAAAAUAACAAUUGUCAUAAAUCCAAACUGUGGUAUUUUUUUUGUGUGUUUUUUUUUCUACUGUUCAUAAACACAUUUUUAGUUAAAAAAAUAAAGAUAGUAUUGAUCAUUCACUUCCUAUAAACACUGGCAAAUACUGUGUGUCAUAUAUUGUUUUAUGUCAUAAAUAUUAGGUUAUCUCCACAAAAUGCCAACGGUUGUUUCAAAGAUUCAGCAAGGAGAGAAGCCUUAUUUAUUGGACCAUAUCCAGCAUGGGACAAACCUGAUACAUUCAUUCAAAGGUAAGUAAAGCAAAUGUCUAAUAGCACAACUUUAUUAUCAAUGCUAAAUAAUACACCAUUCUAAGUGUGAGAAUAAAGCAUAAUAUUUAUUAUGGUGUGUGUGUGUGUGUGUGUGUGUUUUUUUUUUUUUCUUCUUCUAAAAACACUUUAGACACAACUGGGUAAUCCCUCAAUCCUGGACUAGUAGUGGAGCCAUGAGGACUGGUUUGGGAAUCACUAGGGCUGGAUUAACAUAGGGGCUGAUGGAGCUGCAGUUCCAUGCCCGUGGAAUAGGCCCAGUGAUUAUUAUUUUUUUUCUUUUUUUUUUUUCUUUACUACUCUUCACAUGGUCUUAUUUAAGUAUGGAAACUUAAGAGGGACGUAGGGGAAAAAAUUGUGUGUGCUGGCUGACAAUGAAAUUAGUUAAGGUAAAGCUGACUUUGCACACUAUGCAAAUACUCUUGCUGCUUAGGUCUCGCUAACACUGUGGCAUAUUCCAUUUCUUCUACGCUCACUACAUCCACCUUUCCUCUGUCCCAGGCUGUAUACCAGGAGCGUUUGCCUGCUAAUAAAGUGUGGAGCGAGCGCAUCAUUACACAUUCAUGCCAAGCUCAGGGUGCUGUCUACAUAGUAUGCUCUCAGUUGGCCAGCCUGCAUGAUUGGCAGGCAGUCUGACAUGCAUUCACGCCAGGCUGGCCUUCUACUUUUUUGGAUAGGCACCUCCUCUUUUGGGGUAUGUUCACCCCUGUUGGUGGUUCUUGUUACGGGAUUCGCAUCAGUGGCCCACCCUUCUACGCCACCCACAGACAUCCUGCUUCACCGAACCUGCUGUUAGGGGUUAUGGAUUUACUUGAAAGCAAAAGAUUAGCAUAGGGUAUGUGUUUUCUUAUAGCUGCAUCUUGUGAGUUUCCCUCCUCCACCACAUACAUGACACGUAGGAGGUAUGACUGUUUGUGUUUUUUGUCGAUAAGGUUUAGUAAUUAGGCCCAUCAUAAUUGUCAGCACUAAGCCCAAUGGGCUCUUAAUCUGGCCCCAGGAAUCACUGUCUUAGUGAAUAACCCUGUAACAAUCAGCCCCUGUCAAACUUCCUGACAGUUAAUAUCUGCUGGGGGGAAAGAAAAUCUGUAUUCAGUACAUCAGAAGUGUUGGGGGGAAAAAAAAAACCACACAAAUCUAUACUAAAUUAAAAAGGUUUAAAGGGAUUCUCUAGUGCCAGAAAAACAAACCAGUUUUCCUGGCAUAGAGAAUCCUGGAGUGCCCCCCUUUCUCCCGUCCCCCAUCCGGGGGAUGUCCCUUGGUGCUGGGUCAGGCUUUGCCCACGCUGACAUCCACCGGUGAGGGAGACCUAAUGCUCAUGUUAAUAAAAACUGCACUAAUUACAGGGUGAUGGGAGUUGGCACCCAGACCAUUUCAAUGAGCUGAAGUGGUCUGGGUGCCUACAGUUUGUGUGUUCUCGUGCUUUAGACUAUGGGGAGAUUCUCUGCAUCGUUCACUGUAUUGAGGUCUUUUUUUUCCCUGUACCUAUUUGUUUACGAACCACAUUUACUACAUCAAAUAGUGCCUUUUAAAACACUUUACGGCAGAGAUGGCAACGUACAUUAUAUGCUCACCAAGUGCCAUAGUGAUGGAUGUAUUCCUCCAUAAAUCAUUUUGUCAAAAUAACUGGCAGAACUGGGCUAUUGUUAGAAGCCUUAGGAGUGAGGCAUUUAACGCUGGACAGUAUGUUGAAGCAAAUGUCAUUUGUCAUUGGGACACAGGCAAAAACAUGCUUCUGAUCCUAUAGGUUUACAAUAAAUUGUCUAAGCUAUAAAUGGGGAUGACACUUUUAGCCUGCUAUAGGAUGUUAGUUGUGUUUUUUUAUUUUUUUUUUAUUUUUUUUAUAUAUAUCUAUAUCUCCAUUUUCUCUGUAAAUCAAUGUGGUAUCUGAGAAAUUGCAAUAUUAAUAUUUUGCACAAAAACAUGCCUCUGGACCCGUGACUAAUUGUCAUAGUUUGUUAUAUUGGUAUAAUAAAAUGUAAUAUUUGUCUUAACAGAUGGUCUGGAAGGAUCUAAUGCCUCACCGUGUAAAAUAGAAAUUGAUGCCCACACUGAUGAACUGCACAAUGACAAAAGGUCAUAUAGAAUGCCGAGACAAAUCAUAGAUGUAAAGGAAAGCUGUACACCCCCAUUCAAGGUGUAUAACCUGCGUAAACGUGUACCGGUACAAUACACAGCAGAUUCCGACGAAAUGGAGAAAUGUUCCUUUAAGAACUUGCAGCUGAACAAUAAUACAUUUGGUGGACCAGCUGAAUGUUUAGAGAGAAAGCCAGUUCAAAGUGUUUGCAAAAGAAAGCAAAAACCUGUCCUGGGAGAAUCACCGUAUCCUUGCAAUGAAUGCAGUAAAAGCUUUGCUAAUAAAGCCUACCUAGUCAAUCACCAGAAGUUCCAUACUGGAGAAGCACCUUAUGAAUGCUCAGAGUGUGGGAAAUGCUUUAAAUUGGUGUGUCUCUUAAGGAGACAUCAGAUCAUUCAUACAGGCGAGAAGCCUCAUGUCUGCAGUGAGUGUAGAAAAUGUUUUACCCACUAUUCCUCUUUAACGAAACACCAACGAAUACACACAGGGGAGAAACCACACAAAUGUUCUGAAUGUGGGAAAAGAUUUACCCUUACCACGUAUCUUAUAGUACACCAGAGAACUCAUACAGGAGAGCGACCGUAUAUUUGCAAGGAGUGUGGACAUACCUUCACACAGAGCUCAGCAUUGACUAUACACCAGCGAUCACAUACGGGUGAGAAACCUUAUAUCUGCACAGAAUGUGGAAAAGGUUUCACUCACAGAUCACAUCUGAUCACACACCAAAGGUUACACACGGACGAGAGACCCUUUGCUUGUAAACAAUGUGGGAAAACCUUCAAGCACAGCUCCUACCUUAUAGUACACCAAAGAUCCCAUACUGGCGAAAGACCUUACUCCUGUCAUCAUUGUGAUAGAAAGUUUGCACAAAGUUCACAACUUGCAACGCACCUAAAAUCACACGAGAUGGAGAACAGCAUAUAAACUACCUGGAACAAAGCAACAUUCGUGGUACUUGAACCUGUUUCACUUUUUUUUUUCUUUUUUGACAAAACUAAAUUAAUCAAAUUGAUGCAUCAGUUCUGUUCUUUGUAAUCACACCAAAAGUGACAAUAUUUAUAUAUAAAAAAAAA